UAUGACUCAUUAAUAGAUCAAGAGACCGCUUCCUGAGAUCUGGCAGCCAAAGCUCACGAUAUCAAAUCUUCACUGCUUGUCCCACAGCCUUCAAACAAACCAGCCCUCCGGAAGAUCGCAAUGGAUCCCUUUCCAUUGGAGCCGUACCGCUCCGCACGUCUCCUCUAUCGCGCACCAGAGGAUAACCCAACAGACGAGGCAUUUUUCAACGCUCUCUACGCUGACCCCGUGGUCGGGUCUAUGGCCUCCACCGCCCUCAUACGCCCGCUCAGCAACAAGGAGCGAAACGAGUUGCGAACAAAUCUCGAAGCUAUUGCGUUCAUGUCCGUCAUGAUAUGUAUCAUCCCAGAUGUGGGCUCCGAUAGGGUUCCGGAGACAAUUGGUGUGAUCUCAUUGAGAAAGCAAGCUCCUGGUUUCACACAUAAUCGAACACACGAAUUGGCGAUCACUAUUGCGCGCCCGUACCAGGGGAGGGGAUAUGGGCCUGAGGCGAUAUCGUGGAUGCUGGACUGGUCCUUUUGGACUGCGGGGCUGCACCGCGUUGAGUUGACGGUCUCUGAGUGGAACGAGAGGGCGCAAAAGGUGUACCAAAAGCUUGGAUUUGUAAUGGAGGGACGGAAGAGGGAGUGUUUAUGGAAGGGUGGGAGAUGGUGGGAUUCUAUACAGAUGGGAAUUUUGGCGCAUGAGUGGGAUGCAAAGAGGAAGGAUGCUGAUAAUGCGGAUCGUUGACCGCGAUAAAUGGGAGAAUUGGGUAGUGAGAUACUAUUCUCUCAGACGAGGUUUUGCACAAUUUACGGUUCUCGCAUAGAACGGUAGUAUACAGAAAACAUGAAGCU